GCCGGCGCCAGCAUGGUCCAGCAGCGGAGCGCGAGGAGCCGGGCGGCCGAGGCCAAGCGGGAGGUGUGCCCCAAGGAGGGCCUGCUGCUGCCGCCGGACGCCAAGGGCGAGCCGGGCUGGUGCAAGACGCCCAGCGGGCACAUCAAGCGCCCCAUGAACGCCUUCAUGGUCUGGUCGCAGAACGAGCGGCGGAAGAUCAUGGACCAGUGGCCGGACAUGCACAACGCGGAGAUCUCCAAGCGCCUCGGCAGGCGCUGGCAGCUGCUGCAGGACUCGGAGAAGAUCCCCUUUGUCAAGGAGGCGGAGCGGCUGCGCCUCAAGCACAUGGCCGACUACCCCGACUACAAGUACCGGCCCAGGAAGAAAGGCAAGAUGGGCGGCACCAAGCCCCGCCCGAGGGUCCCCGUGAAGAUCAAGCCCUCCUCGGUCCUCGGCCGGGUGGCCUCCGCCAGAAGGCAGCCCCCGAAGCCAGGCCCCAGCGCCGACAGCCAGGCGGGCCCUUCGAGUCCGGAGCUGGAGGACGACCCCCUGGAAGCCCGGCUCUUGGAGGCGUCCUUUGACGACAGUCCGAAAACCCCCAGCAAGGAACUGUGGCACGUGCUCCCGGCCACCGGAGAGAAAGGCGGCUGGGCGGCCGGCGCCGGGGAGCCCAAGGGCCAUGAGGCAGGUGUGCUGGCCAAGCCCUUCUUGGAGCCGGCGAGAUCUUCCGAGGUGUCUUCUCCGGCAUCCACCCGGUCCCCUCCCUCUUCCUUUGCUUCCUCGGACGAAGAGUUGGAGGAAGAGCUCCUGAAUUUCCUGCCCGGCCGUGCCCAGCCCAGCAUGGCCUGUGGCACUCCGGACUGGUCCAUCUUCGACAAAGACCUUGACCUCUUUCCUUUGGGUGCCACCUCUCACUUUGAGUUCCCGGAUUACUGCACCCCCGAGGUGACUGAGAUGAUCGCAGGGGACUGGCUGAUGUCUAGCAUCUCGGACCUGGUCUUUACCUUCUGAGUCCCACCAGGUAACUCUCGCUUCUCCGCAAUCAGGUUGUAUCAAAAGACAAAAAACAAACAACAAGGACAAACAAGAUUGAGAGAGAGAUUGAGAGAGAGAGAGAGAGAGAGAGAAGAAAAAACCCAGCUGUUUACAUGCAGGAAUCAGGUAUCUUCAUUUUCUUGCCUUGGCUGCAUUGAAAGGCGAGCGUCCCGUUGCCCAUCCCCCACCCGGCACACACCCACUUUGCCGGCAGCCGGCGUGGCGUGGCGGGGCUGCUCUUCUCAUCGUCUCUCACCCUUACAAGCCCCAGCGAGCUCCAGGCUUGGCGCGGUGUUUAUUUACCCAUGAAAUUUGACUGUCUAAUCAGGUUUUUCAUUGCAGCCCUCUCCAGCCGCCCCCCUCGUCCUCGUCCUCGCAGCUGCUUCCCAGCUCGGCCGCCAUCCGUGGCUGAGAGACUCCCCCUCCACCUCCGCCUCGACCCCCCGACAUUGCCUCUUCCUUCGUCCUCCGCUGCCCACGUUCCCUCCCUCCGGGUCCUGCUCCUCGCACCUUCCGGUUCUGUCCCCUAGGGUGUCCACGUCGCCCGGCUUCCACGUCGGUGCCGUGCCGACACAGGUCCUGGGGUGCUCUGCCAGUGGUUCGUUUUGCCCCCCUCUCCCUUCCGGGAUCCACGUGCCGUGGCUCCCGGGGAAAGGAGAAGAGAAAAGGUGCCGGUCCGCUUGCCGCCCGCCUCGAGACCGGUUGGCAGCCUGCUGGGCUCCGGUGCCCGGCGUGGAUGGGCAGAGCUUCCGGGUCCUCAUUUUAUGAGACUUUUGUGUUGCCAGUGCACGGAAACCCGCAGCUGAACUGGGGUGGGGAGCCCUCGCUUUGGGGGAAAGCAAAGUUGCGCGCACGUGGUACGCACGUGGAUCCGAGGCGCAUGCAUGCAGUUCCCUCGCAUGGAGCAGCUUUGCUCUCCUCCAAAAGGCCCCCCUGCUUUCUUCUUGCCAGGGGGGUGCCACAGGCUGAGGCAGGGGCCCCCCCUUCAUGCCGGCUGCGCGCAGACGUUCCCUCUGCCACUCCCUCUGCUCCCACGUCCCAGCCUCUCUCGGUCGUGGCCACCCCCUCUGCACGGGGAGGAAAGGCUGCUCCCGGGGCCCUGGAAGGGAUGCUCUGUCUCGGAGGCCCACCUGGAAAGGGCAGGACACCCCCAUCCUUGCCCUCGCAGGGCUGUGACUUUCAGUGAAGGUCACAGCCAGCUGCCCUGGAGAAGCGUCGCCUGCCGGAGUAGCGAGUGCAGGGUGGGAGAUGUCGCAGCCAGGUCUCCCUUGCCGGCUUGCAGCGGAGGGGUCUGCCGGCCGGGCAGUCUUGUUGCCAUCACACCUGCUCUCUGCGGGGUCCUUUCCAGCUUCGCUUGCCAGCCGGAGGCCGACGCAGGCUGGGCCAGGGCAGCCCUCGCAGCCUGGGAAGCGUCUGCCAGGGAAGGGCCUGGCGCGACCACGGUGGGAGCGUGCCCAAGAGGCGAGGCAGAGGUCGCUGCUGAAGCAGCUCUCCUUGUGAAGCAGCAGGAGAAGGCGAGCAGAGCUGCUUCAGGGCCUGGCCCUUCCGCCUGGAGUCACGGGAUGGGGGAAACCGGUUUCUGGCACGGGAAUGCCAGGCUGGCAUCUCCUGGGAGUUCCAAGCAUCUCUGGGAGCCAUACGAUGGAGCGGUCCUGAAGGACUGGCCUCUUUCUGGAGUCGGGUGCUGGGAAGGAGUGGGCACCCCGAUGCAGCCCACCCCACUUUGAAACCUGUUUAGUAUGGGUGGCUUCCCUCCUCCGGGAGGUUCCAGGAAUUCCGAAUACGCAGAGCUCCAGAGCAAUCCCUGCUUAAUCUCGCUGGGCACCUUGCAGAACUGGGGUUCCCAGGGAAGCCGCAGCCAGCCGUUGAGCCAGCUUAGCCUUCCAGCAUGCACAAGUCUUCAUUCCGCGUAUCAAAAAGGUUCGAUUUUCCAGAAACUCACUUCACCUUCCCCAAAUAUGGGCACGCCCAUGCCACAGUUUAAAUGUGAUUUAAAUAGAGCUUUCCUCCUGCAAGGCACUCUGGGGAGUGUAGUUUUUGGGGAGGGAUGCUUCAGCGGCAUUCACGAGUGCUCCGUCAAACGGCAGCUCCCAGGAUGCCACAGGACAGGCCGCGGUGGCAACGGUGCCCCCAAAACAGCCAUAUCCCCAGAAAGCGUUUUCACGCAUGAGUCUUGCAUUGCCCUCUGAGGCUCUUUGGGGCUCCUCGGGUUGCGUCUGCGACUGUUUCCAAUGAGCAACAGAAUUCCAGGGACGGAGGGGAGGCGUUUGGCAGCAAAUGUGCAUCCUGGCCAGAGCAGAAUCACAGAGCCGUUCAGGAGAGAGGGCCGUGGAGGAAGCCGCCUUAAUGGGAUGCGUGCAACUGACUGCAUCACCAGUGGCCACGGCGUGGAAGGUGCGCAGUGCAAUCGUUCAGCUGCUCCGGAAGGAGGGGCUGCCAUGACAGCCUGCAGAUGAGCAAGGGGAGAGGAGGGCCAGGGUGUGGUGCCGCCGGCAGCCUCAGCACAAGUUUCUUUCCCUCAGCGCCUUUUGCUAGGAGAUGGAGGCCUGGGGGCAAGGCAAAUUACUUUCCCUCUUUCCUGGAGCCCGGUCACGGUCACGCCCCUUCCCCAGCUGGGAUUACCAUUUUGGGGUUGAAAGCCCAUCUUUUGUUGGCUGAAUUAGCGCCCGCUGGAUUCAGACACUCCAGUCACCCACGAUGAAGGGCUGAACAUGGGUUGUCCUUGAACUGCUGCUGAAACAGGGUUGCCACAUCACUCGAGCCACCUUGGUUAUUCAGAUUUUGCCCGGAACUGAAUUCGGGAUGGAGGAUGUUGUGGGGCGGGUGUGCGUGCGCGCAAAAGUGGUAUUUCUGCUGCAGCUCCCAGAUGCGGUGCAUCGUCCCGGCCAGCCCUGUGCCUGUAGGUUGCCAGAGAGAUUUCCCCACCUUUUCAUGGGCAACCUGAAUUAGGGAAUUAGGCCACGGCAAGCCAGUUCGAGGUGGCCAGGGCGUGUGGCCUCCAUCCUGCCCCCUGAACCUAUGGCUGCGUUCCUCUCUGGUGGCCUUCAGAGUGCUGGAUGAUAAUUCCCACAAUCCUAGAUGAGCACCUGGCCACUGGCCUGUACCUUCCAUUGUCCCUGACCACUGAGCAGACUGGCUGGGGCUGUUGGGGGUUGUAGUCCAAGCGCUAGGGUUGGCCCCAGGGUAGGGGAAGCUGAUCUAAGGAAGACCCAGGACAAGAUGGAUGACAUUCUGUGCCUGCCAAUGACUUGUUCACAAUUUCAAAGAAAUCCCAGUGUUGGAAGGGGUCUCAGAGGUCAUCUAGUCCAACCCUUCUUGGCACAGACUGUGUGCUUCAGGGUGCAGUUAAAGCGUCCCUAACCUUGCCGCCUCUGCCUGAAUACUUGCAGUGAAGGAGAUCCUAUUCUUAAGAAACUUUUCCCAGCCCUGAGAGGACCCUUCUUUGCCAUGCGCUCUUUGAUCCAUGCGCUCAGAAGCCGGGGCAGCUGCCCUGUGAUCCCGGCAAGUCCAAAGAGGUGCUGGGGAAGGUGUGGUGAAAACUGAGGCUGCCAGCUUCGCCUGCCUCCUCUUGUGUCUGUUGCACUGGAAAUUAACUGGAGAAGGCUUCACCUCCAGAACUAGAGAAGGCCCCCUCCCCU